UAGACAGGAUGAGGCGUGUUCCGGUCUGCUCCCUCCUGGCGCUGGCACUCCUCGCCGGCUGCUCGUCCGCCACCUACGGGAGCGGCGGGGCCGGCGGCGGAGGCGGAGGCAUCGGAGGCGGAGGAUGCUCCGGCGGCGACUGCGGAGGCUCAGGAGGCUAUGACGGAGGAUCGGCCGGAGGAGGUGGAUGCGGCGGAGGGGGGUGUGGAGGAUCGUCUGGUGGAUACUCUGGUGGAGCAACAGGAGGCAUAGGUGGUGGAUUCGGAGGCGGCGGAUCUUCUGGUGGAAUUGGAGGUGGAUUCGGUGGAGGAGGAUCCUCGGGUGGAUAUUCCGGUGGAUCAUCUGGUGGAAUUGGAGGUGGAUUUGGAGGCGGCGGUUCUUCCGGUGGAAUUGGGGGUGGAUUCGGUGGAGGAGGAUCCUCGGGUGGAUAUUCCGGUGGAUCAUCUGGUGGAAUUGGAGGUGGAUUUGGAGGCGGCGGUUCUUCCGGUGGAAUUGGGGGUGGAUUCGGUGGAGGAGGAUCCUCGGGUGGAUAUUCCGGUGGAUCAUCUGGUGGAGUUGGAGGUGGAUUUGGAGGCGGCGGUUCUUCCGGUGGAAUUGGAGGUGGAUUCGGUGGAGGAGGAUCCUCGGGUGGAUAUUCCGGUGGAUCAUCUGGUGGAAUUGGAGGUGGAUUUGGAGGCGGCGGUUCUUCCGGUGGAAUUGGGGGUGGAUUCGGUGGAGGAGGAUCCUCGGGUGGAUAUUCCGGUGGAUCAUCUGGUGGAAUUGGAGGUGGAUUCGGAGGAGGUGGAGGCUCCUCCGGUGGAAUCGGCGGUGGACUUGGGGGAGGGGCUGGUGGUUCCCUUGGUGGCUACCUUCCACCUUCAAGGAGGUAAUCCUCGUGGAAGCCUUUUCUUCCACCUGAAGAGAAGUGCUGGUCACGUGGUAAAGUCGCUGACUGCCGUAAAUUUGUUCGAAAUAUGUUUUGUGUCAUUUAUCAGAGAGUGCAAUGCUCUAACAUUGGUUUCCUAAAGUAAGUACGAUUUGUUCAAAAUGUACUGGAUAAAAUAAAUCCGCUGUGUAUGCCCUGAUAUAGUAAAAACAAAUAAAUAUAUUAUAUAAUAUCGAUAAA